AGACACCUAACACGGUGCUCCAUUCUAUGCUACACUGUAUUUGUUGACCUUUAAUACCACACAUAUUCUACAACAGGAUCCACUUGACAUCAUCGACUAAAAAUGGCAAGGUUUAGUUCAUGUUACGGGAAGGAACUUUUUUUUGUUCUUCUUUUAUUAUCGUAUUUGUCCUUUCAAGUUGCAACAUGUGGCUCUAUAGUAAAGUUUCUUCCUGGAUUCAAUGGUCCCCUUCCUUUUCUGCUUGAAACCGGGUAUGUGGGAGUGGGAGAAGAAGAGGAUGUGCAAGUGUUUUAUUAUUUCAUUGAAUCAGAGAAUAAUCCAAAGGAAGAUCCUCUCAUGCUUUGGCUAACUGGUGGACCUGGUUGCUCUGCUUUGUCUGGUCUUGUCUUUGAAAUUGGUCCACUUGAAUUUAAAAAGGAGGAAUAUAACGGGAGUUUGCCUAACCUGAUAUUGAAGCCACAUUCAUGGACAAAGGUAAGUAGCAUUAUAUUCGUAGAUUUACCUGUUUUCACAGGCUUUACAUAUGCCACAACAAAUUCUGGUUCACAACGAAGUGACUCUAUAUUAGUUCAUCAAACUCAUCAAUUUUUCAGAAAGUGGUUAGUUGAUCAUCCAAAAUUCAAAUCAAAUGAAAUUUACAUUGGCGGUGAUUCAUACUCUGGCAUCCCUAUUCCAGGAAUUGUUCAAGAAAUUAUACAAGAAAAUGAAAAAGGUGUCCAACCUUGGAUUAAUCUUCAGGGAUACUUGUUGGGAAAUGCUGUAGCAACCAGAAAGGAAAGUAACUAUAGAAUUCCUUUUGCUCAUGGAAUGGGACUCAUAUCCGAUGAACUAUACGAUUCACUCCAAAUAAAUUGUAAAGGCGAUUAUGUAAAUGUAGAAAGCAGAAAUAUUUUAUGUUCUAGAGAUAUUGAAUUAUUUGAAGAGGCUACAUCAGGACUUAAUUCAGCUCAUAUUUUAGACCCACAAUGUGAGUGGCGUGAUGAUACUGAAAAAAUUCUAAGGAGAUCUCUAAGCAAGAAAUAUCCCUCCAACUUCCUCACUUCAAAUCUCAGAUUGCCUCCCUUAAAUUGUCGAAGUUAUCCAUAUUUCCUUUGCGCUGUUUGGGCCAAUGAUGAGAGUGUUCGCAAUGCAUUACACAUACGUAAGGGUAGUAUGGGAAAAUGGCAUCGUUGUACCUUUAAUAUACCUCAUAAGAAGGAUAUAUUAAACAGUUAUGAUUAUCAUGUAAAUCUCAGUAGAAAAGGCAUUCGUUCACUAAUUUACAGUGGAGAUCAUGACUUGUUAGUUCCUUUCUUGGCGACACAAGCAUGGAUAAGAUCUUUAAAUUAUUCCAUCAUUGAUGAUUGGAGACAGUGGUAUACAAAUGACCAAGUUGCAGGAUACACACGGACUUACUCUAAUAUGAUGACAUUUGCAACUGUUAAGGGUGGAGGACACACAGCUCCAGAGUUUCAGCCUAAAGAAUGCCUUGACAUGUAUAAUAGAUGGAUAUCUAAUAAGGCUUUGUAGGAAUAACUAUAAAACAAUUGUGAAUAAAUAUGUAUCAUUUGGAUUUUCUUAUUAUAUAGCAACAAGUAAUAUUGUCAGGUUUGUUUGUCUUUUUCAACAAUAAUAAAUAACAAAUCUAUCGAUUUAACAUCAAUAAGAUCCAUAUUUGAAGGU